CUAGGCAACCUAAUUCCAGUUUGGGAAAAUGGCGGAAGACAGUGGAGGGAAUGACCUCGGAACGGCGUAUUACCGUUCAAGGGAUCCUAUCAAGAAUUUCAAAAUCAAGGUACACUUGAAGCGUGUAACUGGAACCAGUCUAGUCCCUACAGCGUAUACUAAUGAGGAGGCCGGGCCCAGUCAUGAAGGAAUGGCAAUGAGACAGAUGGGCAGUCGACGCUCCAUUAAAUCUCAAGUCCGACCAGAAGAUGACGAGACCUACACCCUGAAAUGGCAGCAGAAGCUCUUCAGUCAACGUGAGGUGGAACUCUUCCGUGACUCUGAGAACUGUAACCGACCCAUCGAGGAGAAGUACCACCGAGAGAUCAGGACAAUGUACGAAGAUGGAGACGGGAGGUCUACUACCAGGAUCUUCUCCUACGUGGACCACGAUACAUUUGCCAGUCUUGAGGAGCAAAAUGAGGUAACCACAUCGAGCAAAGAGACCCCUUCCUUUCUGACUCAGAAGAUGCAGAACGUCCGGCGGAGAAAACAGACAGAGAGGAGAAGAGAUGGCUAUGGUGAUGCGAGCUCAUUCCAACCUAAGAUCAACCCAGUCAUUGAUGCACCUUCUGAGGAACAUAAACGUAGCGCUCAUGUCGUCAACACUCCAGUACAGACGAUGUACAUUAUGGCGGACCUCAGCGCAGUGGAAGAUGAACCUACAGUACUGGACGAAUACAUCCUGUGCACUAUCAAGUAUGACACCCAUGGCGUUUUGUCAGUCACACCAGACUUCAACCGCUACCGUUCACCCUACACCAUCGUGACUGAGUCCACACGACGCGACACGUUUGAGUACACUCUAGAGCUCGCCUCGCAGCCGAUGGCUCAACGAGAUCAAGACAGAGAGACCAAGAUGUUUAGAGAGUUGUAUCAGAGGCAUAUGGAUUACGUCGGUGCAAUGGUGGGCCACGAUUUUGAACAGGUAUCAGCUGGAAUUCUGAGACUGUUGGUCUACGGUGAAAUAGUCUCCGCGAAGAACUACGAGUAUGACAAUCUCUACGUCCACUUCUUUGUGGAGCUACCCAAGCACUGGUCUACUGACACGGCUCAAGAACUCUCCGGUGUCACUCAGACAUGCAGCACCAAGGAAAUUGACAGAGAGAAUGUAGCUUACUUCUGCUACCCGUUUGACUUCGAGUUGUUCUACAAACAAGAUGAGAUGGGCGAGGCUGACCAGCGUGAACCACUACUGCCUCAAUGGCCACAGAUCUUCCUAGAGGUCCUGUCUAUUGAUUCCUGGCAGAGAUAUCGCACAGAGGGGUACGGGUACCUGACCAUUCCAUCAACACCUGGUACUCACACAGUUGAAGUCCAAACAUGGCGACCCUCGGGCCAACACGCCUUCAACAACUUGCGUCGCUUCUUCAUCGGCGGCUCACCCGAACUUGAAGACCCCACAUACGUGGCCGUCCCACCGACGCACGAGGGCGCUGUGAUGAGUCGGUUUGGGUUCCGGACCGAGGCAACAGGAAGUGUCACAUUGAACUUGAACGUGCUGCAGCAGAGCCAGAUCUUCAUGGAUAAGGUGGACUCCAGACGGAAGGUGGGCACAUUGCUGGACAGACUCGGUGGCCUUACAAUGCAAGCAUCCGUCCAAAAUGUUCUGGAGUUGUUCCAGAAAGCAAGGAAGAGAAUGCAAGCUGCUAAAGACACGCUGUCAACCAUCCAGUGAAACAACACUGAAAUAUGCACAAUGUCAAAUCAACAUCAAGUGCACAAAAGUCUUUCUUUCUUGGUCUUGAUGUAAGUUUACUUAUUUUGAUGAGUUCAAUCCAUUAGCAAGUUCAAGGACCACAAGUCGACAAGUGGUUUUGGCAUGAUGCAACUGGUAAACAUUACGCCUCUGGUCAAACUCUUGUAAAACAUGUCGUCAUGAAACUUUUGAACCUUGCUCCCUGCUGGCAUUGUGAUUCACAUGGCUAUUGGUAACCAGCGAUGGAACUCAGCCCCAAACUCCGGUUCCAAAUAGUCAACUAGACUUAGUCCCACCAUCCUACGUUCAAUUGAAGUUAGUCAAACUAUAGUAAUCAUAGUCCUCACUGGAACUUGCUCCUAAUUAUACCUUAUUGAUAGGUAGUAUCUUGUUUUUUGGACCAGAGCUUUUGUUGUGGACUGAAUAUUUGUAAUCGACAAAUAUAAUUACAGGUGAAGUCUUUAUUUUUAAACCCUGCAUGUGAAGUUUGACUUUCUUUUUUUGCAACCGCAAAACUUGCCUCCCUUUUUAAUACUCAUUUUGUAGAGCUUUGUUUUCUUUUUGAGUAUCCCUACGUAUGAAGCUAGUUUACCAAGUCUUGUAAUGGUUAAAUGUUAUGUAGCAUAAGCAGUUUGUUCAACAUAGUUUAUAGGCGUCUGCACUAGUAAGCAGGAGGUUGUGGGUUUGAGUCCCACCCGAGUAAGCCUGUGAUUUUUCUCGCAAGCCCUCCGAGGACACUGAAUAUAGCGUGUUCAUAAAUACGUUUGUGAAGGGCAAAACCCAGUAACAAAUUUACAUCUCCCCAACGCACAUUCCAUCGUAAAAAGCUUAUACAACUUGUUUUUUGCUUGUGUUUGAAAGUGACCAUGUGAACAGACAUUAUCAUAAUUUUGUUUCAUGUAAAGUGUGUCAGGAUUCAAAGGCCAAAAUGUGAUUUUGAUCAGCGAGUGUCAUCAAACUGAGAAAAGGACUUAAAAAAAAAUCUUUCUUUUUUUCAGUGACCAAAUUUGCUUGGAGUUUUUACCAUUUGUAGAUAUCUGUCAAUCGUUCAUUUAAUGAUUUAUUUAUUUUACAGUUGAUACAGCUGUAAAAGUGUAUAUAAUAAAAUAAAAUUGGAAAUUAAAAA